GGUAACAAAGAUACUGAUAUAGAGAACCAAUGAAGACUCGAACUGGUUGGUGGUUCAGGCGACUUCGGUUGUGGGCGUGUUUCUAACAUUUACAGUGUAUUCGGAGUGGUGGCGGUCCCUUGUCGCACGUUGGGCAUUUAAUUUUGGUGAAUCUCGAGUUAUUUAACUGACGUUAGUAGUUUAUCUGUUCGUAGAUAUUUUUCUUACAAACAGGAAAAACUGACAGCUAUGUCUCGAGCGCAAGACAGUGACAGCGAUGACGCGAUGGACGAGUUUAUGGAGAAAUUUACGAAAGAGAAAUACAAAGGUGCUUUUAACGAGGACAACUGGGAGGAGGAGUUUGAGAAGGUGCCCAUGUUCAUGAAGACCACCCCAAAGGAAAUUGACCCCAAGGAGCACCCAGAUCUAGCUUGCUUGCAGUCCAUCAUCCACGAUGAUGACAGACCACCUAACGAACAAGCAAAGGCACUCAAAGAUGAGGGGAAUGAAUAUUUCAAGGAGAAGAAUUACAAGAAGGCCAUAGUAUCCUACAGCGAAGCUCUGAAGAAGAAGUGCACGGAGACUGACCUCUGUGCUGUCCUCUAUACCAACCGGGCAGCUGCCCAUUUUCAUCUAGGUAACAUGCGUUCUGCUUUAAACGAUGCCCUAGCAGCUAAGAAGCUGAAACCAGAUCACGUUAAAGCCUUGAUAAGAGGCGCCCAGUGCUGCGUGAAGCUGGGGAAUUUCAGUGAGGCCCUGCAGUGGUGUGAAGAGGGCCUCGGAGUCCAUCCGAAGGACGUCAAGCUGCAGGAGCUCCGAGCGACAGCGGACAAGCUCAAGAGGACGACCGAGAGAGAUGCCCGAAAGGCAAAGGUGAAAGAGAAAAAGGAACGUGCGGAAAGGGAAGCACUUCUUGGGGCCAUCAGGGAGCGUGGGAUUAAACUUUUAAAGCCAGAUAAACCCUCCAAGCACUGUUCCGACAGUGAGGAAGAGGAUGUAGGUUCUACACAAGCUUUGGCAGAACUGGACCUCAAUGAUCUCUGCUCCCAAGAAGCCACUGGAUUCAAAGUGCACCUGGAUGAGCAAGGUGUCCUUCACUGGCCUGUCCUCUUCCUGUACCCAGAGCACGGGCAGACGGACUUCAUCUCCUCCUUCAACGAGAAUGACAGGUUUAUUGAUCAUCUUACGGUCAUGUUUGGGGACGAACUUCCCCCCUGGGACACAGAUAAGAAGUACCAACCCCAAAACCUAAAGCUUUACUUUGAUGAUGAAAGAGGGCAGCUUCUUCAGCUGGAAAAUGAGAUGCCCCUCCUCAGGGUUCUGCAGAACCACAGGUGUUUCGUGAAGGAAGGCACGCCCAGUUUCAUCAUCCUCGUCAGAGAUUCUGUGUUCUGCAAGAGUUUUUUGUCAGGGAAAAAAGUUCAUCUACUCAAAUGAAGUAUUAUCUGAACAGGCUCACAAACUCUUUACUGGAGGUGGUGCCGUACCACUUAGCCCUCUGCAUGCGCAACUCAGCACCCCUUUUUACCAUGCUAAUGAACAUAAAUAAACGUCAAACUUCCCUGCAGUACUUGCGGCUGUGUGACAUCAUCCCUCUCAUUGUAUGUAGUGUAAAACUUAUAUAAAUCAUAAAUCAAAAACAUACUGAGGCUAAUUGGAGUUGCUAAAUUGCCGUAGGUGUGCAUGUGUGAGUGAAUGGUGUGUGAGUGUGCCCUGCGAUGGGCUGGCCUCCCGUCCUGGGUUGUUCCCUGCCUUGUGCCCAUCGCUUCCGGGAUAGGCUCCGGACCCCCCCAGUAGGGUAAGCGGCUUGGAAAAUGAAUGGAUGGAUAAUUUAUGGCUAUAACAGUCCACAAUUUACAGUAAAAGUUUAUAAAAACUGGUUUAAAUGAUAAAAAGAUUUGCACGACAAUGUGCAUUCUAUAACUACCUUCAUUUGUAUGGAUUAAAUGUUGCAUUCA